GCUAAAGUGCGAAAGUCGAUUUUGUAAGACAUGCAAAAUUUUCAUUAAAAUGGAUGCUAAAGAAAAAAGUACACCUGCUCCCAUGGAAGAGUUAGCGCUAGGAGAUGAAAAUUUGCCAGAGCUUAUCGAAAACCUUCGGGAAGACCAAAAGAAAAUGCAAAAGGAAUUCAAUGCACAGCGCGCGAAAAUGAAGGAUCUUUUCCUGCAAAAAGAAACAGAACUGACAAAAUGUCAAGCGGAACGCAAAAACUUGCAACGCGAACUGGACGACCUGAAGAGCCAAUUUGUGGUGGCCGAUUUGAAGUCGGAAAAUGAGUUGCGGGUGAAAGAAAUGAAGGCACAGGAGGAAAUAUCUUCGUUGCAGCAAUUAGUACAAGAUACAAUUGAGGAGUCCACAAUACUAAAGGCUGAGUUAGAACGAUUAAAGGAAGAAAGCAAUCGACUAUGGCAGGAAAAUCGGGAAUUCCGGGAAAAUAUGCAACAGCAAUCGGAAUCAACUGGUUUAGCGCCGCAGCAAGUUUUAAAUCACGUAAAGAAAACCUUCCGUAAAUUUGGUGGCGAAUCUGCCGGCAAUGUAUUAUCAAGUAGUUUUGGCCCUCAGGAAAGCAUGGAUGACAACAAUAAAAACAAAAGUGGUAAAAAAGAUUAUGCGCAUGAGGAUGCAGAAGUACUGCGUUCGAUAGUGGUUCAAUUGCAGGAAGAAAUGGAAGCAUUGAAAGGAAAGUUGCGUGAAACAGAUGAUAAAUUGAGAAACCAAGAAGUCGGCACAGCGGCAAAUGUGGCGUCGAAAGAAACUGAUACACCUAAAAAUGAUCUAGCCAUAAAUAAAUCAACUUCCAUAGAUAUCAGUGCUAUUUCCUGUGAUGCCUGCUUGCAAUAUGAAAACCAAAUACAAGAACUGCAGGCAAAGAGUGUUGAAGAUAAAGCCACAAUUAUUGCAAUGCAAAAAGCAAUAGCAAUGUCGCGCGAAGAUCUACAAAAAGAGGCUGCUCUACGCAAAGACCUUGAGGACCAAUGGCAAGAGCGGCGCGAAGCUCACAAAACAGAAGUACAAAAACUGCGAGAGCAAGUAAAAUCAAACGAAGAGCAGUUACUGGAGUUGCAGCAAAAGUUUCUCGAUACAAAGGAAGAGGUAAUGCGUCAACUGCAACGCGUCACAGACGAGCGAGAACGCGUCAACAAACAAUUGGAAACUUUACAGGCAGACAAUGACUUUCUUUCCGGACGUUAUUUGGCCUCAUCGGAGGAAAUUGAAAGCCAAGAAAUCAAUUUACCCAACACUGUUGAAGAAUUGCAGGAAUUGAUAUUGCAACAACAAAACGACCUUAUACAAGCGCGCGUGAGCAGUGAAUUUGAGCGUAAAAAGUGUGUAACAUCGCUGGAUGAAAUUCAAAUUUUGCGCGAUCAGUUGGAGAAAAGCAAUAACGAGCGGCAGGCGUACAAGAAGAAGAUGCAAGCGGAUAACAAGUCGUGGCAAGAUCGCUUGACCGAGCAUUUGUUGAAAAUUCAAACCCAUGAAACAGCCAAGGCUACGCUAGAGCGAAAGGAAGCUGAGCUGAAUAGGCAGCUAUCGAAAUUUCGUGUUGAAGUAAUCGAAUUGCAGGAUUCCAUUGAAAAGUUAACCAAAAUGAAUGCAGACCAAAAGGCAAAAAUAAAAAUUCUUCAAGACGAUUUAGCCACAAGCGAGCAGGUGCAGAAGGAUUUUGUGAGAUUGUCGCAAAAUUUACAGAUGUCCUUGGAGAAGCUACGCAAAUCUGACACGGAGGUGCGCUGGCAGGAAGACGAGGAUGUAGAUAAUUGUCCUACAUGCAAUACCUAUUUCACAGUGACAGUACGUAAAAUUCACUGUCGUCAUUGUGGCCUCAUCUACUGUGACAAAUGUCUGACGAAAACGGUGCCUUCGGGUCCACGAAAAAAAAUUGUACGUGUCUGUGAUAUUUGCCAUACUCUGUUAACACCAAAUACAGCGCCCUACUUUAGUCAGGAACCCCUGCCAAAUAACUAAACAAAAAUGCGCUAUUUCAUUUAUACUUACUCUUAAGUACUGGGUACUAAAUUGAAAUUCAUUUAGAUAGUCUGACAAUUUAAAUGUCUCGUGAAAUUUAUUUUCGUUGUCGUCUUUAAUAUGUUUAAUAUCUACUCAGAAAAACGAAGUAGAAAUAACUAAUUUAAAUAACAACAUUCGAAAUAUUGAACAUUUUCUUUGUUAAAUAUAUAUGUAUGUAAAGUAAAACAAAGAAAGAAAGCAGGCAUAUCCAGUCAUAGCUCCACUCAUUAAAUGAGUAACAUUUGUGUUUUUGCUUCACGCAAA